AUGGCCGCCGCCGCCGCCGCCGCCACCACCACCUUCCUCCCUCCACUCCCAACUCCACGCCCCCGCCUCGCCGUCGCCGUCCGCCGCCCUCCUCCCAUCUUCACGGGCGCCGCCAAUGCCGUGCCCCCGCCGGAGGACGAGGACUCCAGCGACGACGACGACGGCGACGCCGCCGCGCCGCGUAGGAGCGCCCGCAAGGACCGUCGCCGCGCGGUGCGCAUCGCGUGGGAGAAGCUGGUCCGGUGGUCCCGCUCCUGGCGCCGCCGCAACCGCAGCGACGUCCUCGAGACCACACGCAAGGUAGGCCGGCGCUUCGCUAGCUUCCUUGCGGUUGCAGGAUCUGAUUGGGAGCGGCUGCGCGGGUGGGUUUCGCAGGUGGUGGUUCUCGGGGGAGGGUCGUUCGGGACGGCCAUGGCGGCGCACGUGGCGGCUAAGAAGGCCCACCUCGAGGUGUCCAUGCUGCUCAGGGACGACCUCGUCUGCCGGUCCAUCAACAACAGCCAUAUCAAUUGCAAAUACUUACCAGAACACAGAUUGCCAGAAAAUAUUGUUGCAACAACAAGUGCUGCUGAUGCUUUAGCAGGAGCUGAUUUCUGCUUCCAUGCUGUUCCGAUUCAGUUCAGUUCAUCCUUUCUUGAAGGUAUUUCAACACAUGUUGAUCCAAAGUUGCCAUUCAUAUCACUUAGCAAAGGGCUGGAACUCAAUACCCUUCGGACAAUGUCUAAAAUCAUCCCACGAGCAUUGGGAAAUCGACGCCAACCAUUUAUUGUUCUAUCAGGACCUUCUUUUGCUGUAGAACUAAUGAGCAAAUUGCCUACAGCAAUGGUGGUGGCAUCUAAAGACAAAAAGUUGGCAAGUUCUGUUGAGCAGCUAUUAGCUUCCCCAAAUUUGAGGAUAAGCACAUCAAGUGAUGUUACAGGAGUGGAAAUUGCAGGUGCGCUGAAGAAUGUUCUUGCAAUAGCAGCAGGUAUAGUAGAAGGCAUGAAUCUUGGGAAUAAUUGUAUGGCCGCCCUUGUUGCUCAAGGUUGUUCAGAAAUACGAUGGUUGGCAACAAAGAUGGGAGCGAAGCCGACAACUCUUUCUGGUUUGUCUGGGUCGGGUGACAUCAUGCUUACAUGUUUUUUCAAUCUUUCACGGAAUAGAAAUGUGGGGCUGCGCCUUGGUUCAGGCGAAAAACUUGAUGAAAUCAUGAGUUCUAUGAAUCAGGUUGCUGAAGGUGUAUCAACUGCUGGGGCUGUGAUUGCAUUAGCUCAGAAGUACAAUGUCAAAAUGCCAGUCCUGACUGCAGUUGCGCAGAUAAUUGAUAAUGAGUUGACUCCGAAGAAGGCGGUUAUGGAGUUGAUGAAUCUUCCUCAGGUUGAGGAAGUCUGACAAGGAUGGCAAUGGAGUUAUGCUCCGUUUGUCUGGACUGGAAGUGUAGUUUUGGGACCGAUCAUACGAAAAUCUGCUGAAGGCCACGAUAGUUUUUAUAUAUGAUCUCUGCUGUGCAGGUUUAUUUCACUUCAGAGGCUGUACUGACAAAUUAUUCGUUUAUUAAUGCGGAAGUGGUAUCCAGCUUUCGGGGAAUAA